UGUGGCGCUGUGGCUGCCUGAAGUUGUUGUCGUCGUCGAUGUUGCUGUCUAAUUUGGACAAAGUAAACAAGUUUUCCUGUUUCUAAUUUUACAAAUUAUAAGUUGGAAAUUCGUAGUACUUAUAUGUUUAUGUAGGCCAUCAAUACUUUUAGUGUCAAAGAUAUGGAAGUGUACCCUUUGGUUAGCAAUUGAAUUGGUUCUAUAAUCGGAUAUAAAAGUUUCUCUCAAACUCCUAACCUAGGUUUUCAAGUUCUAGAGGCAGUUGAAUGGAAUGCAGUCUAGUGGAGAUGGCAGGGUCCCAGUGUUUGUAUUUCCUAACACAAUUACAUUUUAUUUGGAGGAUCAGACUACGCAUAAACAAAUCCUAACAUUGUACAACCCGUAUGAUUUUGCCGUACGGUUUAAAGUUCUAAGCACAAGCCCCAGGAAGUUCACAGUAGUUGAUCCAGAGGGUUCUAUCAGACCAAAGUGCUGCAUCGACAUUGUGAUUCGCCAUGGAGCUGUCAACCUGGUCAACUGUCAAAUUGUCGACAAAUUUCGGAUACAGAUGUACGACUUCUCUACAAAACAGCUGAUAGGUCGCCGUGAUGUCACUGCCACUCUGGUGACUGGUGAACCUGACAAGUCAAUACCUGACAAGGAGUUUGAGUGUCUGGCAGCUCCCCCCUCCACUCCCUCCCAGCCGCAGCGACAGUACAGCCUCGGUCACCGAUCUGAGAGACCUGCAUCUGCAGGUCCCAACCAAUGGUUUCUGUCAGCUGUUGCGCUAGUCUGCAUCGCAGUCCUGUGUCUGCCGCUAGAAGGGGAGAAGAGUGCAAUCUCAUGGCCAGUCACUGUCAAUGUCAAACUGGUUGUCUCCUACGUUCUAGGACUGGUCACCAUGGUGAUAUUCAGGCCAGCCUAACCUCCAUGUACAAAGCCUUGUAAUGUACAUAACCGCCUUCUGCUGUGUAAUACGCUGCUCGCUCAAGCUAGGAUCUCUCACCACUCGUCUUCUGUGUACAGUUUUAUUUUAUAUUAAAUAUGUUUAUAACUGUGAUGUUUUAAA